AUGUGGAGCCUCAUCGACAUCAUCGUGGUGUGUGCUGGAGUCCUGGAUCAAUGGCUUUUCCAAUACCUUGCUCCCUAUUUGCCAGUUAGCACGGAGAGCGCGUCCAAUAUCCUGGGAGUCAUUCGCUUGAUGCGGCUGGUGCGGGUGGUGAAAGUCAUCGCCUUCAUGUUAGAAUGGGACCUGUCCUGGACAGAAGGAGCUGGCUUCCAGUCCUUUAUCGGUGGCGUGAUCGCCGUGAAUGCCUUGCUGAUGGGCUGUGAAACCGAUAUCGACUGGGGAGGCUGGCUGGUCUUCGAGAAUGGAUUGUUAUGUAUCUAUGUCUUCGAACUGGUGGUACGCUUGAAGCGUCUGGGGAGAGAGUUCUUCUCCUGCGAGAGCCCAGAUAUUGUUUGGAACUUGUUGGACUUGGCGAUUGUGCUCAGCUCCGCUGGGGAUUCUUGGCUUGUGCCCCUCAUCAACGUGGCAAGGAAAUCAUUCCAAGGCUCUCCAAGUAGUUCGGAAGAGGGGCACAAGGCCAAAGCGCACGGCGUCAACGUGGGACAACUCAUGAUGCUGAUGCGGCUCUUGCGAUUGCUCCGGAUCUUGCGGCUCGCGAAGUUGGUGAAAUCAGUGCGGCCUUUGUAUAUUUUGGUGGUCAGCGUGACCGCUGCAGUGCAAGGGGUAGUUUGGGUCUUGGUCCUCACGGUCGUGACGUUAUACGCGAUGGGGAUUCUCACCACCCGGCUGAUUGGCCAUAAGAUGAUCUUCGACUCUGACCAGGCAGUUGAUGAAGCGCUGAUCUCACCAUUUAAAACUGUGCCAGAUUCGAUGUUCACUCUCUUUCGAGUGAUGAGUGGCGCUCAAUCGGAUGGAGAAUCAGAGGCCUUGGACAGCAUUAUGGACAACAUCCCCACCUUCAAGUUCGCCUUUGUUUUUUUCAUGGUGACAAGUUCGUGGACGUUGCUGUCAAUCCUCACGGCAGUUGCGACUCGGAGAAUUCUGGAAAGGUUUAGACCUCUCGAACUCGAACGGAUAUACUGUACACUGUACACUUCUGUAGGCAUGACUGCUUCAGGAUGUCAUGCUGUUUCGAGUCGAUUCAGUUCGGCGUCGCUUCGACAGUGGGAGAGCAACCUUGGACUUUUGCUUUACUUCAACCCAGAGACUGUGACAGUAUAUCGCUGCAAUCAAUAUUGGAGGGUUGCACCAUGUUGCACCCUACUUUACUUGCGAACAAGCUGUAACAAACCAGCUGAUUGCUAG